CUUUGAUAGAAUUUCCGGUAGAAAAAUCUGGUCAGAAAAAAACACUUUCAGAACAAUUUUUGAUAAUUUUGCAUCGUUUACAUGGAAAAACAUUUCACAAGCCCUCCAAAGUUAAGAAGAGAGAUACAGAUUAGUCCUAUAGUAAAGUAUGUUGAGCCACAGAUUAGAAUACAAAACACAAACAGACCACAAUUUGUUCCUAUUGUUAGUCCUAGACAAAUCCCAGUGGUCAGUCCUACACCUCAACACAUGCACAACAAAACACAUUCUAAGGUGACACUACAGUCUUCCAUGAAUGAAUCUGAAGAAACAGUUUGUAGCCCUUCAGAUGCACAUAAUGAACAUUUUACAAGGCAGAUACAAGACAUGGGCAGCAUUGUCAAGCCUAAUAAUGAAUGCUUCCAAAUACAUAUCCCUGUGUUAAAUUCUGACAGUUCUACUCAUACAGAAACAUUUGUGAAAACAGAAUUUUUACCCACUUGUGAUUACAGUAAAAGUACAAGUGUUGAUUUAGAAGGUGAAAUGGUGGAUAGUGCAAUAGAUAGCGUGAUGGGUCUUCCACAGGCCUUCAAUGAAGUGGUUGAAAUGCAAAAAGGCCAAAGCUGUGAAAUACAGAAGCAAAAAUUGUUACUGAAGACUUUGCAGGGAAAAUUUAAAGAAGUUACAGAGAAGAAAGAGGAGGUAACCCAGGAACUCACUGGUGUGGCACAUAAGAUUUAUGUUAUAGAAGAGCAAAAGAGAACUUGUACCAAGAAAUGUAAAGAAUUUGAUAGUGAAAUUAAACAGUUAGUAAUAGAAUCUGAAAAAGAAAGAAAUUGUAUUAAAGAUUUAAAAGGAGAUAUAGAAGAAAAUAAUAGACAAUAUACCAAGUACAAAGAAAGGAUAAAAAGACAUAAACAAGUGGUUGCAGAGUUUGAAGAUAACCUUGAGGUACACAAAGAACUCAGGCAAAUCAAAGAAGAAAUUAAGGAACUACAAACUGAAUGUGAAAAAAGGGAGAAGAACCGAUGUGAUACAGAGAGGUUAUUAUCUGGUCAAGACGAAAACAAAAUAAAAGAACACAUUGUAACAGUUCAGAAUGAUGUAGAACAGUUGAAGUAUAUACUCCUGGAAACAAAAGAACGGAUUCAAAAAGAGAAAGAAAAGCAAAGUCAAGCACAGGUUUCCUUAAAUGUUCUUCAUAAAAAGAACCAAGCGCAGUUGACAAGACUUAAGAAACAAGUAAAGGCUGCACAACAAAGUAGUCGACAGUGGCAUGAUCAGAUCUCUCUUCUUCAGAAAACUAUAGCUGAGUUAAACAAUAGACUGGGACAGUAGUCACAUGUGUUAUCUAAUUAUUGUGAAAUAAAACAAAGAUCAAAUAAAAACAUCUGCUAAAACCAUCCUUGGUUGAAAACACAAAUUUGAUAGUUUGACUUUUUCGUUAUGAUUAGAAUCACAAUUUUAAAGUGAUAAAGCAGCAUUUUUAAAAUUACUUUUU